CUUCAAGCGGGUGUUGUGUGGCCACGUAUUCCCAAAGACGGGGACUCAAUCGACCUUCUUCGUACAUUGCUACAUGCGUCGCUGAAGCUGCGGUGGAGCGCUGUGCUCCACGCAUCCAUUGAACACGGCCCAAACGUCACGUUCGUCACAUUAGAUCCACUACGAGAAUUUCAACGCAUCGUAGAGAAACACCUGAGGAUGGCCAACAGUGUUCGAGCCACCCAGUUGUACUUCGAGACACUCAGGCGAGGCUUCGGUGGUGCCACGGCGAAAUCGGCGGAAAGCACCGUCACAUUCGCCGACCACGUGAAACUGGAAAGCAAGUACAUGGGGAAACUGUCGGGAGCGUUGCACCUUCCCACACGCUCUGGUGCACACGAAUCAGUCGACGUUUUCGGCUUAGUGCCGGAACUAAGCAAGGAACGCUGGGUUGCCGAGCUGGACCUUUACGGAGGCACGUCGAAACCCUUGAUUUUCCUGACAAAGAAGCCAGGCUAUGUAACGGCCUUCCUUGAACUGUGGAGAGAGCGGGGUGAACGUGACAUGCAUCUGUUUUACUCCUGGUGCGUCGUCCAGAUCGCUGCGCGGUACGCCAGUCGAAAGCUCUUGGUCAACUUUUACGGUUGGUAAGUGCCGAAGACGCCUGUACUCUACAAAUAAAAAUUUACACCAUCUUCCACUAAA